CCCUGCGUCUCAGCCCGCGCGCUCGCAGCUUCUCGCUCUCGGCCGCCCGAUCCCUUGCUUGCUCGCGCUUUUGCUCGCGCUCUUCUCGCAAAUCGAAGAGGCUCUGGUCACAGCCUGUGGGUAGGAAGGGAGACCGAGGCGGCGGCUCAGGGGAACGAGGCUGCAGUGGUAGUGGCGGCGGGAAGAUGUCGGGCGAGGACGAGCAGCAGGAGCAAACUAUCGCUGAGGACCUGGUCGUGACCAAGUAUAAGAUGGGGGGCGACAUCGCCAACCGGGUACUUCGGUCUUUGGUGGAAGCAUCCUGCUCAGGUGUGUCGGUACUCAGCCUGUGUGAGAAAGGUGAUGCCAUGAUUAUGGAAGAGACAGGGAAAAUUUUCAAGAAAGAAAAAGAAAUGAAGAAAGGUAUUGCCUUUCCCACCAGCAUUUCAGUAAAUAACUGUGUAUGUCACUUCUCCCCUUUGAAGAGCGACCAGGACUAUAUUCUCAAGGGAGGUGACUUGGUAAAAAUUGACCUUGGGGUCCACGUGGAUGGCUUCAUUGCUAAUGUGGCUCACACUUUUGUGGUUGAUGUAGCUCAGGGGACCCAAGUAACAGGGAGGAAAGCAGAUGUCAUUAAGGCAGCUCACCUUUGUGCUGAAGCUGCCCUACGUCUGGUCAAACCUGGAAACCAGAACACACAAGUGACGGAAGCCUGGAACAAAGUUGCCCACUCAUUUAAUUGCACACCAAUAGAAGGGAUGCUGUCACACCAGUUGAAGCAGCAUGUCAUCGAUGGAGAGAAAACCAUUAUCCAGAACCCCACAGACCAGCAGAAGAAGGACCACGAAAAAGCUGAAUUUGAGGUACAUGAAGUAUAUGCAGUGGAUGUUCUUGUCAGCUCGGGAGAGGGCAAGGCCAAGGAUGCAGGACAGAGAACCACCAUUUAUAAACGAGAUCCUUCUAAACAAUAUGGCCUGAAAAUGAAAACUUCUCGUGCCUUCUUCAGUGAGGUUGAAAGACGUUUUGAUGCCAUGCCAUUUACUUUAAGAGCAUUUGAAGAUGAGAAGAAGGCCCGGAUGGGUGUGGUGGAGUGCGCCAAACAUGAAUUGCUGCAACCAUUUAAUGUUCUCUAUGAGAAGGAGGGUGAAUUUGUUGCCCAGUUUAAAUUUACAGUUCUGCUCAUGCCCAAUGGUCCCAUGCGGAUAACCAGUGGUCCCUUUGAUCCUGACCUUUACAAGUCUGAGAUGGAGGUCCAGGAUGCAGAACUAAAGGCCCUCCUCCAGAGUUCUGCAAGUCGGAAAACCCAGAAAAAGAAAAAAAAGAAGGCCUCCAAGACUGCAGAGAAUGCCACCAGUGGGGAAACAUUAGAAGAUAAUGAAGCUGGGGACUGAGGUGGGUCCCAUCUCCCCAGCUUGCCGUUCCUGCCUCAUCCCCUUUCCACCACACCCCAGGCUCUGAAGUGCAGUUUGUCUUCACCCAGGACCUCCAGCAGAGCGGGGUGUCUCCCUGCCCCCAUCCCAGUCCCCCAGCCCAACCCCCUUCCAACAACAACCAGCUCCAACUGACUGGUCUUGGGAGGCCAGGCUUCCCAGCCACUGAAGACUACUUUAACUAGACAAGAGAAAUUGAAUAAUAAAAUCAGGAGUCAAAA